UUCUUCUUCUUCGCAUACACACGAUCCGAUCAGGCACCAACGACGAGAAAAGAAGAAGAAGAAUUGAUCAAUCAAACAAUGAGGAGAUUAUUCUCAAGAGGCUCCAACGAAUCACCUUCCCAGUCCUCUCCUGAAUCCUCUACUCAACUUCCUUCGUCUUCUUCCACCGGUCCUCCAAGACCCAUCCGUCUCAUUUACUGUGACGACAAGGGCAAAUUCAAAAUCGAUCCUGAGGCUGUUUCCAUUCUUCAACUAGUCAAGGAACCCAUUGGCGUCAUUUCAGUUUGCGGUCGUUCUCGCCAAGGCAAGAGCUUCAUUUUGAAUCAGCUUCUUGGCAGAAGCAGUGGUUUUCAAGUUGCAUCAACUCAUAAACCAUGUACCAAAGGGCUUUGGUUAUGGAGUGCUCCCAUAAAGAGAACUGCUCUUGAUGGAACUGAAUAUAAACUUCUUUUAUUGGACAGUGAAGGAAUCGAAGCUUAUGAUCAAACAGGAACUUACAGCACACAAAUAUUUUCCUUAGCUGUUCUUUUAUCAAGCAUGUUCGUAUAUAACCAGAUGGGUGGUAUCGAUGAAGGAGCACUUGAUCGUCUUUCGCUUGUAACCGAGAUGACUAAACAUAUCCGUGUAAGAGCCUCUGGAGGACAAAGUACAGCUUCUGAGCUCGGACAGUUCUCUCCUGUAUUUGUCUGGCUUCUGCGGGACUUCUAUUUGGACUUGGUGGAGGAUAACAGGAGGAUUACACCUCGUGACUACUUGGAACUUUCCCUGAGGCCAGUACAAGGCACUGGAAGAGAUAUAGGUUUCAAGAAUGAGAUUCGAGAGUCUAUUCGAGCCCUUUUCCCCGACAGAGAGUGCUUUCAACUUGUGCGGCCGUUAACCAAUGAGAGUGAUUUACAGAGACUUGAGCAAAUUCCAUUGGAAAAGUUAAGGCCAGAAUUUAGAUCCGGUCUAGAUGCAUUGACGAAGUAUAUUUUCGAAAAGACAAAGCCAAAACAAGUUGGUGGCACAGUAAUGACAGGUCCUAUUUUUGCCCGUAUAACAGAGUCAUUUCUAGAUGCUUUAAAUAAAGGUGCUGUGCCCACAAUAACUUCAUCGUGGCAGAGUGUUGAAGAAGCCGAGUGUCAAAGAGCGUAUACUUUGGCUACUGAAGCUUACAUGAAGUUCUUUGACCGGUCUAAGCCUCCCGAAGAAGUUGAGUUGAGGGAAGCACAUGAAGAAGCAGUUCAGAAAUCUAUGGCCAUUUUUAAGGAUAAUGCUGUUGGGGGUGGUUCAGUGAGGCUUAAUUUUGAAAAGCGUCUCCAGAAGUUUGUAAAGAAGGCAUUUGAGGACAUAAAAAAAGAUGCUUUUCGGGAGGCGUACCUGCAAUGCUCCAAAGAGAUUCAGAACAUGGAAAAGACACUACGAGCAGUUUCUCGUGGUCCUGAUGCAAAAUUUGGUGCUGUCAUUAAGGUUCUUGAUGACAUUGUAUCCAAGUAUGAAGCUUCAUGUAAUGGCCCUGAAAAAUGGGGGAAGUUGGCAGCAUUCCUAAAACAGAGCUUAGAAGGUCCACUCCUUGACCUGGUCAAUAAGCAAAUAGAUCAGGUUGUGUCGGAGAAGAAUUCUCUAGCACUGAGAUACCGCUCAAUUGAAGAUAAAAUGUUGUUGCUAAAUAAGCAGCUAGAAGCCAGUGAGGCUUAUAAAGUCAAGUACUCGAAGCGUUAUGAGGAGGCUAUAAACGACAAAAAGAAGCUUGCUGAAGAGUAUACUAACAUAAUAACAAAUAUAGAGAAUAAAUCUAGCUCAAUGGAGGAGAGGUGUUCCAGUUUGACGAAAACAUUGGAAUCUUCAAGGCAGGAAUCAGUAGAUUGGAAAAGGAAAUAUGAACAAGUUUUGUCAAGUAAGAAAGCUUUUGAUGACCAGGCGAAUUCAGAGAUAACUAUUUUGAAAUCGCGGUGCAGCGCUGCUGAUGCAAGAUUAGCUGCUUCAAAAGAACAAGCUGAGUCUGCUCAAGAGGAGGCUGUGGAAUGGAAAAGGAAAUAUGAUAUUGCUUUCAGGGAAGCUAAAGCUGCUUUAGAAAAGGCAGCUGUUGUUCAGGAACGCGCGCAUAAGCAGACUCAAGAAAGGGAAGAUGAUUUAAGAGCAGAAUGGUCGGUGGCUUUGGCUGAAAAGGAAGAAGAAAUUAAAGACAAGUCAUCAAAACUCGAAAAUGCAGAGCAACGUAUGGCAACUUUGAAUUUGGAGUUGAAGUCUGCAGAGUCAAAGAUAAGGAGUUUCGAUCAUGAAAUCUCCAAUAUGAAGCUCGAAAUGAAGGAAUUAAUGGAAAGGUUGCAAUCCGCUAACGCUACAACUCAAUCAUACGAAAGAGAAGCAAAGAUAUUAGAACAAGAAAAAACCUAUCUAGAAGAGAAGUACAAGACAGAGUUCGACAGGUUCGAGGAAAUCCAAGAAAGAUGCAGAAUAGCUGAAAGGGAAGCUAAAAGAACAACUGAAGUAGCCGACAUGGCUAGAUCAGAAGCUGUUCUUUCACAGAAAGAGAAGAGUGAGAUUCAGCAAAUAGCUAUGGAAAGGCUAACACGAAUCGAAAGAACUGAAAGACAAUUGGAAACCCUGGAGAGAAGAAAUAAAGACCUAAAUAACGAACUAGAGAGACUCCGCCUAGCCGAAACAGACGCUCAAUCAAAAGUGGCAAUGUUGGAAGGAAUGGUCGACGAACGGGAGAAAGAAAUAGAAUCGCUUGUGAAAUCUAACAACGAACAGAGAACUGAUACGGUUCAAGUGCUUCAGACUUUGUUAGACGCUGAGAGAAAAUCGCAAGUAGAAGCUAACAACAGGGCUGAGGCACUCUCUAUUCAGUUACAAGCAACACAAGGAAAACUCGAUCAACUACAGCAAAAGCUGACUGAAACUCGUCUGAAUGAAUCAGCACUCGAUAGCAAGCUUAGAAGUGCUUCUCAUGGGAAACGGUCUAGAGUCGAUGAUUUCGAUAUGGGCGUGGAAUCUGAAAUGGAAAAUCGAUCGGUGAGACCAAAUAAACGAUCUAGAAGUACGAAUACGACACAACAACAUACUGAAGAUGGAGGGUCGGUUUUUAAGGGAGAUGAUAUCGACAGUCAGACUAACUCGGAGGAUUACACAAGAUUUACGAUUCCGAGACUCAAACAGGAGCUUACCAAGUAUAAUUUCGGGGCUGAAUUGCUCAAACUGAAGAAUCCCACCAAGAAAGAUUUUCUGUCUCUUUAUGAAAAAUAUGUUCUUCCCCAGAAAUCUUAGUGGUAAGUAAAGUAACCAAAUUUUUAGAAAUAUAUGCAUUUGUUUUUUCUGGUUUAGUGUGUUUUUGGAUAACAUUUGUACUAUGUUUGUGUAUUAUCUCAAAACUGUUGUGGUAUUAAGUAAGUCACUGUUUUUAUU